AUGUCCCCAACCAUUGACCCAGCAAUCCUGCGUGCCCUCAACCUGAAUGCGUCCUCGGCCAAAAUCUCCACCCACGGAGGCUCAGGCUUUGCAUCGACAUUCCGCAUCACCACGCCCACCACGUCGAUAUUCGUCAAACAGUCGCAGUCGUCGGGCGCGAAGGUGAUGUUUCAAGGCGAACAUGCUUCCCUGAACGCUAUCCACGGGGCGGUCCCAAGCCUCUGUCCACAGUCCUUCGCCUGGGGAAGCCUCGAGAACAACGGUGGUGGAUACUUCCUGGCCACGGAGUUCUUGGACCUCGGUGGCGGAUCAUCGAGGACAAAGGCUGGCGCUCGCAAGGGAAGCGGCAUGUCCCUCGCUGAGAAGCUAGCCAAGCUACACUCCACCCCGGCACCCAUACCCGAGGGCUUCGAUGCGCCUCAGUUUGGCUUCCCCGUCACGACUUGCUGUGGGGACACACCUCAGGACAACACCUUCGCGGCGUCUUGGGCCGAGUUCUUCGCCAAGAGGAGACUCCUCGCCAUCCUCGAGCGGGGCGAGAAGACCAACGGUCGAGACGCGGAGCUGCGCACGCUUGUCGAGCGCACAGUCAACGAAAUCGUCCCCAGACUGCUGGGUGACGGCCACCUCGGCGGCAAAGAGGGCAUCAAACCAGCCAUCGUCCACGGGGAUCUAUGGUCGGGUAAUAAAUCCAAGGGCUUCUUCGUCGGUCGAGGCGGCGAGACCUCGCCUGACGAGCCUGGGUCGAGUGAGGAUGUCGUCUUUGACCCGUCCUCAUGCUAUGCGCACCAUGAAUUCGAGUUCGGCAUCAUGAACAUGUUUGGCGGCUUUGGCAGCUCGUUCUGGAAGGAGUACCACGCCAUUGUGCCCAAAACGGAGCCAGCAGCGGAAUAUGAGGACCGAGUAGCGUUAUAUGAGAGUUAUCAUCAUCUCAAUCAUUUCGCCAUCUUUGGCGGUGGUUAUGCAUCCGGGGCGAAGCGAAUACUGAAGGGGCUACUCAAGAAGUACGGCGACUGA